CUACCAUCUAAAUUCGCAGCUGAUCCAAGGACAACUCGAAGACGCUGAUGGACCGAACGCGCUGCCGGCUGUUCGUCGGCUUCCCGGACGGCCAGCUGACAGACAUCGGCCAGGCGGCCAUCUUGUUUCCCAGCGCCACCUCCAUCCAGCUGCCCAGGGCGGUGGAGUGCCAGUUCGAGUCGGCGGCCGAGGCGGCGGCGGUGGUGGCGCGCCUGCGACAGACGGAGGUCGCCGACGGCCGGCUCGUCUCGGCGGAGACGCUCCUCGCGCAGCGGCCGGCGGGCGCGCUCGACCGCCGUGCUCUCCUCAAGAACAUGACACGGCUGCACGUGCGUGGCAUACAGAGGACGGCCACCGUGCCGGAGCUGCAACAGCUGUUCACUGGCUGCGAUGACGUCAGCAUUCCGGCCAACAACCAGCGCGGAAACAACGGUUACGCGUUCGUGCAGUUCCCCGACCGGCAGUCAGCUGCUGCAAUGGCGUCCCAGCAGCUGACGCUGCACGACAAACAGCUGACUGUCUCUUAUGCCGUCGAGAGAAACCUGGCGCUGGCCUCAGACCCCAGGUAUGAAAUGGUUGAAGUCGAAGAUGACUCUGGCGGUCAUCGUGCGAAGCAGAGCCUGGCCUCUCCACCGACAGGUGGCAACAGUAAGAAAACGAAGCACAAAAACAAGUGUGUUGGUUUAGUUUAGUCUUAAAGACCUCCAUUGAUCCACAUGGAACUCGCACCAUUCUGCUUCUUGGACUAAGAUGCAACAUUGAAACAAUACAUUUGCGAAAUGUGA